ACUGCAACAGGUGCACACAAGAGAAGAUCCUCCAGAAAGGCUGCACCGGAGGUAGGCGCAUUACGCAUCACUUGGCAUCUGCUUUGGGAUAUUUUGACCAAACACUCUUCAAUUCCCGGCGGUUUAUUUGACAUGUGUCUAACGUCUACGUUUCCUCCUUUGACCGCAGGAUAAAACGGAACUUUUAAAUGCCGUUUUGAAGAUCUCCUGGACAUCUUCAGCCCCCACGAAUCCAGGAUGCCGGUCCUCACCAGCCCCGACAUCGCCAACAAGUUUAAGGAGAAAUGGCUGGAGGUUUACCCGGAGGAUCAGCUCACCGGGUCCGACUCCGGCCCCACGGACGACAGCCUCACCAGCCUCCACUGGCUCCAGAAUUUCUCCAUCAUCAGCGCGGACCCGGAGCCACCCAACGGAGCCGGGCCGGGCUGCCCGUCCUCCCAGCAGCACCUCUGCCUCAAGCGGCUCGGCUUCCCCAGAGGCGGCACCGACUCUCCGUCCAGCCCGCCGGCCGGGGACACCGCCGCCACCGGGAUGCCUCCGUACCUCGGGAGCCCCGUCACCUCCGGCAGCGACUCCACCACCGGCGCGGCGCCGCGCUUCUCCACCUGCGCACAUCCAGGGAGCGGCUACCCGCAGAUCCCCAUCCAGGCCAGCCCGCCCGUGGAGGUCGACUACAAGACCAACCCGAAAGUCAAACCGCCUUACUCUUACGCCUCUCUCAUCUGCAUGGCCAUGCAGGCCAGCAAGCAGCCCAAAGUGACUCUGUCCACCAUCUAUAACUGGAUAACGGAGAAUUUCUGCUACUACAGACACGCGGAGCCCAGCUGGCAGAACUCGAUUCGCCACAACCUGUCGCUCAACAAGUGUUUCAAGAAGGUCCCCCGACAGAAAGACGAGCCGGGGAAGGGGGGCUUCUGGCAGAUCGAUCCGCAGUACGCUGACAUGUUCGUCAACGGCAUCUUCAAACGCAGGAGGAUGUCUGCUAACCACUACAACAGCAGCAGCAGCAGCAGCAGCAGUGGCACUCACAGACAGAGCAAGCUGCUUCAGGGUUAUCACAGCACCCAAAAUGGCUUCCCCUACCAAGAGGUGGGCAGCAAACGGAAGCACCUGCCCUCCAAGAACAACAUUAAGGCCAUGAGGGCGACUGAGUCUCCUCUUUUGGCGACGGAGGCCCACAAAGCAGACAUCCUGCGGGGGGACUUCGACCUGGCGUCCGUGUUCGACGACGUCCUCAGCGGGAACUGUAGCACCUUCGAGGACCUGGACAUCAACACAGCGCUGAGCUCCCUCGGCUGCGAGAUGGAGGUCUCCAUGCAGGGCAGGCAGCACUCGGCGGGGCUGGGGAGGUGGUGCGGUGGCGGCGGCGGAGGGGACAUCAUGGGUCAGAGCCAGCACCUGAACCACCACCAGUCGUACGGUUACAUGGACCUGAGCGCCGCCUCCAUGGACUGCGUGGUCAGCAUGGGAGACGUGCUCCACGUGCCGCAGCAGCACCCGCAGCAGGAUCAGCUGCUGCAGGGCCACCACCACCUGCAGCAGUUCGACGAGCCCGCCGCGCUGUUCCCAGAGCAGCCCGAGGCGUCGGUGCUGCAGCCCUGGGAGGAGAUCAAGGAGGAGGUGCACGCGAUCCCCCUGACUCUGGAUCAGAACUUCGGCCUGUGCGAGGGCUUCUUCACAGAGAUGCAGCCGUGGGAGCGAGUGGAGGCCUAUCUGUGACCUUUGACCUCACAACUCAUUGACUCUUAAUUACUGACCUGAACAUCUCUGAUUACUGGUCCAACCCUAUAGUGGCCCCCAGAGGGCUUUGAACUACACUUCUUCAUUCACUCCGAUCAGUCUGCAGUCCAGUGCAUUUGUUGGUUAUUUUACGUCACAUUUACUUGUCUGUUUUGUUUAAAGGAGCAGUACAUAGUGUUGGAGAAGAAGAGAAAGACCUACAUUGGAUGAAUAAAAAAAACAAAACAAACAAAAGCAAACCAAAAAAAUCACCUCUCUUUGUUUUCAUGACUGAAUAAACAAACUAACCUUAAAGGAACAACACAAUUCCAUACUGUUUUUCUUUGUUUAUAUUUGGCGGACCCUGCCACCUCUCUAGCUCCAAACAGUGUCCUGGAGACCAGAACGGCUCGUUUGUUCAUUUAUCACAUCAGUUUUUACCUCAUUAUAUUGUAAAUAUUAAAAUUCCGAGUUUCGAAUCUCCUCUCCAAAUCUACGCAGUGCUCCUUUAAAUACAAAUACGAUGAGAUGAGCUGUGAUGCCAGCUGACAAAGAUUCCCCUAAAAAAAGACAUCGAUCUGACUGUAAAGUUAGUUGGGCGACACGAUUAGGGAUUAUUUCCCACCACUGACUUCCACUGACUGACAGGAAGCAAAGGGCGACAUGCGAUAACACAACAGAGACACGUUUAUAAGUUUCACGUGGACUGCGAGGGAUUAGGGCGCACUGAAGACUGAGAGAAGGGAUAUUGUUAUCCUCCAAGAUGGAUUUUCUGGAACCGAUGUGAGGCAGCGGAUGGCGAGAGAAUGUGUCGCUGGAUUGGACCGAGCCGCGGCUACGUGACGAGAUGUUGUCGACAAGAGACGAAAAAAAAAAAACAACCGCCCUCCCUUCAAAGCACUCUCCACAAACAAGCACUGUGGUGACAAGACCAAGAGGACAGGCAGGAUUCUAUUUUGCUACAUUAGCAGGUUGUUAAACUUUUUUUUUUUUUACUAACAUGCAACGAAACCAGUCAUUCAUCGCAACGACGUGUGACGACGAAAGAUGAAGACCAGGAUAGACACCGAGAGAAACUUUAAAUUCAUAGUCCGAGAUUAGAAAUCAGUCAUUUAUGGCUUUGUUGUAUAGUCAAUUUAAUAUAUAUUCACUAAAGAGUAAUAUAGAAUGAAGCUAGGCAGAAACAUUUGUCUACAGACCUGGAAUCGAUCGCCUUCUCGUCAUGUCAUGAAAGUCAAACAUUAUGCACUUUGAUAGGUGGCAGAUUUAGGGGGAGCGGGGAUGGCUUCGUUUUUUGGGAUUGAUUAGUUUGAUUUUUUUUUUUUUUUAUUAAUUCAAAUGUUUCUCAUGAAGUUUACUGACCACAAAUGGAAGUGAUGCAUUAUACUGUAAUUGUCCACAUCGGAUUCUUAAUGAACAAUGAACUCAACACAAGAAGUCUUUUGUUUUUUCGCUUGAAUAUCCUGUUUUUUUUCUAUCCAAAUGUAUACAACACUGGACAUUUGUUGAUUAUAUUUAGCCAAAUUUGUUCAUAAGGAAUAUGCAGUUCGUUGGUGUUUCUGUGUUGAUUAAUGAUAAGAAAAAAAAAAAGUCCUGUUUUCUGUCACUGGGUGAUGGAUUUUCCCUUUUUGUCCUCAUUGAUUACUUUGGUGUCUUUUUUUGUUUGUAUGAUUCUUUUUUUCAUAAAUCUGUGAUGAGAACAUAAUAACUGUCGAUUUCCAAGGGGGGAGGGGUGAUGAGCAGGUACAUAUAAAUCAAACUCUUAAUGGCCAGAUUUUUUCUUAUUGUAUCAUAUUGAUCAAGUUUGAUACGAACUCUUUAAUCUCACCAUGUUAUUUUCAUUUGUACUUUUUUAAGCUGUUAAAAAUGCAAUCAUGCCUCGAUGCAAUAAAUGGUGUCAAUUAA